CGUCCAGGACCAAACGGAUGGUCUGUCGAUGCAUAGAAAUGCUACUGAAUUGUUUUCAUUGGUGUAUUCUAUAAAUAUUUUUGGGGAGUGAAAAAGACAUGGAUACAACUUCGCAACCUCAUCUUGCAACCACAUAUUCUUUAGAGGAUGAUGGUAACGAGACGACCAUCAAUCUAUUUGAACAACCAGACUGGCAAGUGGCUCUUUGGGCCAUUGCAUAUUCGUUAAUAGUCAUUGUGUCCGUUACGGGAAAUGUCACAGUUAUUUGGAUUAUUUUGGCACACAAGAGAAUGAGGACAGUAACCAACUAUUUCAUCGUGAAUCUCGCUUUUUCGGAUGUAUCUAUGGCUAUAUUCAACACCGUUUUCAACUUCGUUUAUGCAUUACACAACGACUGGUAUUUUGGGUUAGGCUAUUGCAAGUUUCAGAACUUCUUUCCUAUUACAGCAAUGUUUUCGAGUAUAUAUUCUAUGGCAGCUAUUGCCGUUGACAGAUACAUGGCCAUUAUCCAUCCCCUGAAGCCUCGCCUCUCCUCCACUUCCACCAAAGUGGUGAUUGGUCUGAUCUGGGCUGUGGCAUUCUCACUGGCGUUUCCCCAGUGCUUCUACUCCAUCACCAGGUUCUACUACCCCCGCACUGUCUGUAUGGUGGAUUGGCCUGAUGACUACGGAGGCAAACACCACCUCACAUACCAAAUUGCUGUGAUCAUCCUCAUCUACUUGCUCCCCCUGUUGGUGAUGCUGGUGACCUACAGUCUAAUAGGUCAGACCCUGUGGGGCAGUAAGAUCCCUGGAGAGGCAUCUGACCACUACCAAAACCAGAUCCAGGCCAAACGCAAGGUUGUAAAGAUGAUGAUGGUGGUGGUGGUGACCUUUGCACUCUGCUGGCUGCCUUACCACCUCUACUUUAUCCUGGCCAUCUUCAACAAAGAUAUUUACAAGCAGCAGUAUAUCCAGCAGGUCUAUCUGUCAAUUUUCUGGCUGGCUAUGAGCUCCACCAUGUACAACCCCAUCAUUUACUGCUGCCUCAACCAGAGGUUCCGUUCAGGGUUCCGACAUGCGUUCAGCUGGUGCCCUUUCAUCACCUUGUCGGAAGAGGACAAGAUGGAGCUGCAGCACACACACACAUUCAGGAUGACCAUGACACGCAGUUACCGCACUGACACUCCCAGCACUGUUGUCCCCCCAAGCUCCGCAGGGCAAGAGGACAGCCAAUACAAACUCAUCAAGGCCUGAGGUUAGCAAUCGGAACACAUCAGGGCUUAACAUUUGGGAAGUCCAAAUGUUGUCAGUCAUCAAAACCCUAACCACUACUUUAUUUUUGUUGUCAAAUUGUCCAAACAUGAAUGCUCAAACACAGUCAAGCUGACAAGAUACAGACACAUAGAGCACUGAACAGUGGUUAAUGGAAAUCGAUAGGAACUGGGGUAUGUAGAACUGUCCCACGGCAUUAGCACCAAGCCUUAUUAGCCUUGCAGAUGCAGUAAUGUUGCGGUGCUGUUGUGUGUCACUAGGCUUUGUAAAAUAUAAUAUAUGAACUAGCAGCGCAAACUGUGGUUCAGGUUCCAUUAGAUCACUGAGAUAUAGAUAGAGUCUGAAAGCUGCUGCACAUUCUGAGCUGUUCCACACCACAAUAAUACAGUGUAUUAUUCACCUCCACUGUGAGUUGAACAGCCUCCCUUUCAACCGAAUCUCCUAAGGGAAAUUCUCCUGGUUUGUCUCCACUGAUAACACCUCCAUCUAAAGUGUCAAGAUCAAAUCAAAAACUGUCAAGAUUGAAUUUGUGCUGGGUAACCAACAUUUAUGAACUCUUCACAAAAGCAACAGACAUAGGAAAGAGAUAACCCUGUUUGAGAGGUGGAAUUCAUAGUUCUGUCAACCAGUGAGUCCCAGCAGCACCUACAUGGUAAUAGGGAACUAUUGGAUCUUACAGUAAUCGAUGUCAGUAUGUGUGUUUCUUUGUUGUGUAGGUGUGUGUGUAGGUG